AUCAUUGAGUGUUGGAAGGCGAUAUAUGGCCUAUUCACCUAUCGCCUGCCCUUUUUUCUGAUUCUUUGUCCAUUAUCCCACCUUUAUUGAUUUGUUCUGCCGCACCAUGUCAACCUCCACCUCCUCACAGCCUCUUGCUUCCCUUGUGACACACGGUAAAAUUCUGGCUGACCUGCUUCAGAGAGCUCGACAAAAAGAAGGUUCGACGCAUGGCAACGAGAUCAUACACAAGGAGGUUAUAACCGUCGUUAUCAAGUUACUAGAUGAUAUUAAUAAGGCACAAGGCAGAGCCUUUUUCCCUAAAGAAUCUAUAGCUAAAUUCCUCAAAAAAAUACAAACAACUCUUGAAGAUCUCAUUAAGCUUGAUCCUGAUAACAAAUCAGAAUAUGAGACUCUUGCUGAGAGAGUCAACAAUUUCAGAUUAGCAAGGCAGUUUCCAGCAGUGGUUUCAUCGUCGCUGACAAGUACCAAUUGUGAGAUCCCACCUUUGGAUUAUCCCCGGGAAGAGUUUUCAGCUACAUUCAACAAUCUUAAUUACGAAGAGAAGACAAUCCUGUUUUGCUUAUCAUUGUUGUCAGCUACUGGCGCGAGUAUAAAGAAAAGAGAGUUAAUUCAUUGGUGGAUUGGAAUGGAUUUAAUCGAGGAUCAGUUGGUUGGUGAGAACUUGUUAGCAAAGCUUGUAUCGAUGGGUUUUAUAGAGCGUACUUUUGGAAACAAAAAGUUCUCUAAUAGGUACAAGAUUAAUGAUAGUGUAUGCGAUAUGGUAAAACAAGAGAUGAGUGUCUUUGGGAGUAUUCAAAAGGAGGGUUCCUGGUCUGUGAUGCGUAGUAAUAAGCAGCAGCAGCAGCAACAGCAGCAGCAGCAACAGCAGCAGCAGCAACAGCAGCAGCAGCAGCAACAACAAGAGCAGCAGCAAUCGCCUAAAAAUAUUUCUGGUCCUAGAGUAUUAGAACCUCGACGUAGAUCAUUUGUACGCAUCCCCACCUUCAAAUCGCACCAGGAUGAUAAAUCUGUGGCUGAAGCGUUGCUCAAUGUCCACGAGUAUAAACUUAACGCUAAGGCAUUUGAAUGGAUUUCAAAAAUGAAGAAUGUUAAAGUGCUACACUUGGGUAGUUGGCAUCAUGAUCCCACCAAUUACAUUCUGGUUGAAGACGUUGACUUGUUUAAAGAUUUGAAGAAUCUUUGGCAAGUGAGGUUUUUAAGCCUUCAAGGCAUAUCAGGAAUUACAAACUUGCCAGAUUCUAUUUACAAGCUCGAGAAUCUGACGGUUUUGGAUCUACGAGCAUGUCACAACUUGGAGUCUCUUCCAGUUGGGAUUGAUUCAUUGAAGAAACUUACUCAUCUAGACCUGUCAGAGUGCUACUUGAUUCGUCAACUUCCUGCCGGUGUUCAAGCCCUGUCUGAACUCAGAGUGCUUAAGGGGUUCGUGAUCAGUUCAGCAGCUACAGAUCCAAAAGGCGGAAAACCAAACAUGAAACAGCAAAAUUAUGCAUCCUUUUGUGCAUUCAGUGAUUUAUCAGAACUUUCUAAGCUCAGAAAAUUAACUGUUCGCACAAGAAGAAUGAAUUUUCCAACAAAACAGGAUCUGGACACUUUGUGUCAAAUGCAACAGCUAAAGAAUCUAAGAAUUGCAUGGGUAGGAAAUCCGAGUGAUGUCGUGACAGAUAGCGGUUUCCGAAGAUUCCCAAGAAAACUGAAAAAGCUGGAGCUGCAGGCUGCUCCUGAGAGCACAGCGUCGCUACUGUUGGGGCUGAUUGGUAAACAAAGAGUCAACUGCCUUGAGAAACUGUACAUUAGAGGAGGAGGACUGGUUCAGCUGGAUUCAGAGAAACAUUGCUUUGAUCAUGUUAAGGUAGUAAAUUUAAGAUACUUGCCUAGAUUACAUAGCAACUGGGAUGAAUUUAGAAACGUAUUUCCUAGUGUCACUCGAUUACAGAUAUUUGGAUGUCCCAAUCUCAUCUUCUUCCCUUGUGACGAAAAUGGUCUAUGGGAGUACAUGGGGAAUAUUACAGGUUGAUUGUAUUGUAUUUUCCUUUUAGUAUAUAGGAAUGAAAUACUUACCAGGAAACUAUUUAAGUAUAGCAUUCGAACGAGGGGAGUAACUGGAUUGAACUUUACCAAAUCCAAAUCUAGUCCAAAGUUUUUUGCACUCGAGAAACUGAGUCCAAUUCGAUAUAUCUAAUUUUUUUUUUUUUUUGAGUCCAGUCCAAUCCGAAACUUUUUUCUUGAAUCUAAGUUCAGUUCAGUCCGAUUAUUAUAUAAUAUUUUUUUUGAAUCAAUUGAAAUUUUUAAGUUGAACUCAUUAUAUCCAUUCCAUUCCACAAAGUAAAUUAAAAUAUUUUAUAAAGUGCGAAUUGCAAAAUACAAAAAGGGUUAAAAUAACUUUUGUCUUUUUAGUUAGUUUUCAAUGUUCACUUUGGGUUUUCGGAGGGUAAGUGAAAAUUUUCUGGCACAAGGUAAAAAAUAAUUUAGAAUUAAGAAGUCUAAAAUUUCUACAAAAAUGUUAAGAAAUUUGAAUUUUUUUUUCUAAGAUUCUUUUUGUGGAGUUACAUUACUUUUUCACUCGAGUUACACCACUUAUUCAUAAGAGUUAUAGUGCGUAAAAUUCAUUCUCAUUUCUCAUGUAAGUAUGCAUUUUUAUA